UUUUUAUUUCUGUGUAUAGUAAACACUAGUUAAGUAUAACUACGGGUUUAUAACGUGGUUAGUUAGUUAAUUUAGUCAAUUUAGUUUACGGAUUAAAUUUAGGGUCUGGGACGACUUACUAGUAAGUCGUCUGAUGUACAGUAUUCAACAGACGACUUACUAGCAAGUCGUCCAAACCGGACCAAACCUUUAAUUUUACAAUGUACUUUUAAACCUAACCAGAUUAUUUACCGGCCAUAUAUAAGGCGUUUUUUUUUCACUGUUUAUCGAAAAUCAGAAAACCCUAAAGCCAUUUCUCUCAAAGGCGUUUUCGAAGGCGAUUUUCGUCGAUUCUCUCGAAUCCAUCGUUCUCAUCGUUCUCACCGCCGGUUAUCUCUCCGCCGUUAUCACCGUCGUUCUCACCACCGUUCUCACAGCCGCUUCCUCUAUUUAAGAUCCGAGAGGAAACCCAAGCGCGCAUUCUCUCAGAGGCGUCUCGUUGAACUCCGCCGCCGGUAAGUUAUAUCUCUUACUGUCGAGUGAUUGAUUGAGGAAAAUAUGAACAUAAAACUGGAAGUCUUGGAAGUCUUAUAACUAAGUCGUCUGGAAAGUCUUCCAGCUGGAAGACUUUCCAGACGACUUAAUUAUAAGUCUUUCAGCUGGAAAACUUGCUAGACGACUUAAUUAUAAGUCUUUGAUUGUUUGAGAUGGUUGUCUUUGAUUGUUUUGCAGGAAAAUAAAAUGGAGAUGCCAGAACUCCCCGGUAGGAUAUAUACAUUAGGAGAAGAGCCCCCCGCAGUGCAUAGCAUUUCGUAUCAUACUUGUUGGACGUUGCAUGCUGCUUUAAAGAAAGCUCUUCAUGAUGACGAAUAUGAAGAGCUGAAGGAGUCGAAGUUGGGAGUUUUCAUCAAGUUCCAAGAGCUGGGAUUUGAUUGGGCUUUAAGGCUGGUUCACUACAUGCUCGGUUUCCAGCUGGACAUAAAGAAGAAGUAUGAGCUGUGGAGUCUCGUUGGUCCAGAACCUGUGAGGUUUUCACUGUUAGAGUUUGAAAACCUCACUGGUCUAAACUGAGAGUACAUCGAGGACCUUGAGAGACCUCACUCUGUUGUUACAAAGGAGUUGACUUCUUUUUGGGAGAUGCUGGGAGUUCAUGUUGAAGCUGGACCAUCUACUCAGGAGAUAAUAGCAGCACUUGAGAGAUGCGAAGGGUGGUCUCGGGAUGAUCGCAAGCGGCUCGCGUACCUUGCCAUCUUCAUUGGAUACAUUGAAGGGAGAAAGUAUUCAACCCCUACACGGGUUAGUCUGGCAAGGCUAGUGAUGGAGCUAGAACGGUUUGAGAAUUAUCAAUGGGGGAGAGUCGCGUUUAAGGUGCUGAUGGACUCUGUGAAGAGCAGAGAUAUUUCGGGUUGUUACACUAUUAAUGGGUUUGCGCACGCUCUCCAGGUCUGGGUGUACACAGCUCUUCCAGAAUUGGGUGCUACUUUUGGUAAUCCUCUCCCAAACAAUCCGUCUCCACCGAUACUGGCUUACAAGGGUCGCAAAGGACGCAGACAGUUUAAAGAGGCUAUCCUCAGUAAGGUAUUUACUUCAAUCUGGACGACUUCGUAGAAAACUUAUAAUUAAGUCGUCUGAUAAGUCUUCCAAUUAGACGACUUAG